AGAAUAAAAUAAAGGAAGAUGAAAAUCAGUAUUGGACCUGCUUAGACAUUGCGCUGUGUAAGCUACUGCAUCUUGAACAAAAACUAGCUAUGCAAACUCUACUCUUGCCGGCGGCUCACGCCGGCAGUGCACCAUUAGCACUUCCAUCGGCCGGAAAAUCAUGUCGGUAUAGUUUAUUCGGACGCCCAAAUACCCUAAUUUCUUCGUCGUCCUCAUCAUUAUCUUUUUCCCCCUUAAAGACAAGGCCGCUUUCUUUGCCUCAAUUUAGUCUCAAAAACAAACGGACCAGAAUCUUAGCUUCUGCUCCCGUUUCUGCACCCUACACUUCUCCAAAUGACGAGUCUGAAAAAGCUAAAUUAGCUCUGGUUGCGAAAAGACUACAGAAUACUGCAAGGUACUUCAAGAGAUUGGGUAGUUUGGGGUUCUGGGGACAGCUGGUAUGUACGCUUGUUGCUGCGGUGAUCCUUUCGUUUUCUGUUGUUAUUACGGGGAAGAUUACAUCGCCCUUCACAUUCUACUCAACUGCGGGUGGAAUUGCAGCUGCUUUUGUUUCAGUUUUUUGGUCAUUCGGCUAUAUUCGCUUGUCUGAAAAGCUUCGGCGGACAGCUAAUGAUCCUUCAAAGGCUCCUCCUCGUGCUGAUGUUGUGAAAAGCUUGAAGAAUGGAAUAGUGGUGAACCUUCUGGGAAUGGGUGCUGCUGUACUUGGCAUGCAAGCAACUGUCGGAUCAUUGGUGGCUAAGGCUCUCACCACCUCAGCUAACCCGUAUAGUAUUACUCCUGGAACUAGCCCCGUGCUUGCUUUGGAUGUAUUUCUGGUUCAGGCAUCAGCAAAUACUAUCGUUUCACACUUUCUAGGUCUAGUAUUCUCAUUGGAGCUGUUGCGCUCAGUCACCUUGCCACCUUCAGAAGGCAUUCCGGUACCAAGGGUUGCAUGAAGUGUCAACAAGAUAAUACUUGCAGAAUAGUGUUAACAAAAGGCUUUUGAGAUCGCAGCCAUGUAUUUACUAUUAUGAGUGACCUACUUUUUGGUGACUUGCAAAUGAAAUUACUUUCUCCAAUUUCUGAGAGGCUUCUUAUAGAAAUUUCAACGACUGCCCUUGCAUAUGUUUUGGGUGCAUCUAAAAAAAAGAGUUGUUUGCCACCAGUUAAAAAAUUCCUCUCACGGUGCAAUAAGAAACUCAACGCCUGUGUUUGUCUACUAGGCAAUAAAAUACCGACCAUUUAUUUCUU